AUCAGCUGUUUGCGGGAUGCCCGGAGCGGGCGUAUUUUGGAAACAAUACCGCGCGGUGCGCUGUGGCCUCCUCCCGCGCCAGCUAGCACCCUUAGCAGCCGCUGCUCCAGCUCGCGCCACCGCCUCCUGCCGCAGCCCGCUGGAGUUUGCCCCUUCCUUCCCAAUCGAGUGGCGCCAAGCCCCCCGUGUGCUCGUCACCCUGGACCCUGGCGCAGAGCCCUGGCAUCACGACUCGGAGGCUGAGACUCUGUCCUGGAGUCACCCAGGAGAGAUGGAACCACCUCAGUGUGUGGAGGAGCUGGAAGAUGAUGUGUUCCAGCCAGAGGAUGGGGAGCCAGGGACACAACCUGGGAGCUUGCUCUCUGCUGACCUGUUUGCCCAGAGCCAGCUGGAUUGUCCCCUCAGUCGGCUUCAGCUGUUUCCUCUCACUCACUGCUGUGGUCCUGGGCUCCGGCCCAUAAGCCAGGAAGACAAGGCCACCCAGACCCUCAGCCCAGCCUCCCCAAGCCAGGGUGUUAUGCUGCCUUGUGGGGUGACAGAGGAACCCCAGAGACUCUUUUACGGCAAUGCUGGCUACAGGCUUCCUCUCCCUGCCAGUUUCCCUGCAGGCUUGCCCCUUGGGGAGCAGCCCCCUGAAGGACAGUGGCAACAUCGAGCAGAGGUACAGAUCGCCAGAAAGCUCCAGUGCAUUGCUGACCAGUUCCAUCGGCUUCACAUUCAACAACACCAGCAGAACCGAGACCGUGCGUGGUGGCAGGUCUUCCUCUUCCUGCAAAACCUGGCCUUGAACAGAGAAGAAAACAGGGAAGGGGUGGGGCCCUGGUGAGGCUGGUGGCCCUUGUUGGACGGAGCACCAGGAAUGCAGUCUGGAACAGGACAGACAUCGGGGAGGACAGACACUGUCUUGUCAAGUUUUGUUAUUUUUAAUUUUUUUUUUCCUGUGUGUACAUAUAACAAACCCCAAUGGGAUCUUCCUUCCUGCUCAGAACUUGCACUGGGAAUGGGGGCCUUUGUCAAACACUGUUGAAGGAGAGAUGGCCGUGUUGGCUGGUGGAAUUCCUAAGGCUCUGACAGUGACCAGUUGGUGAUGUCCUUCCAGGAAAUGGACUGAGGCUUUCCUACUGGAACUGGUUAAGAAAUGAGAGGCCAGGUCAGAUUCCCAGGAUCACCAAAUAUGUCAGCCUCCCCUUACACCUGAUGGAAACACAACUCUAACCCACCAGGACCUUGGCCCGGGGCUUCCUGGCUAAGAACAGCAUUGCCUUGGCUAGCCAGCCCUGCAUCUGGGUUCCCUCUAGGCACAGCCAGUGCCCACCACAUGGGCUCAGGGAUUCUUAUCCAGACCCUGUCACCUCCAGAAGACCUCAGAGAGGUUUGGACUUCUCCAAGAACCUCUCAAAGGUGCCUCAAAAUGGAAUCAAGCUUGAUAGGCCCCAAGUGUGACUUGGUCCCACAUGGAAACCCCUUGAAUGGUUCCAAGGUGCAAACUACUGCCACCUUUGCUGCCUGGGUGUCAACCAUGUGUGAGCCAAGUAGCCAGUCACCAUCGUGUUGUACCCAGCAGCCUGUGCCUUUAUCAGCUCUGUUUUCAAAAGACCCUGCCAACUCCUGGACUGGAUUGGACUACACCCACCUCAACAGCAGCACGUCGAGACGGGGUGGGUUCGCAGGGGGCAUGGGAAUGGAGCAGCCAUCCCACUGAUCAGUCAGUCCCAGGGGAUGCUAGACCUCUUGGUUUCCUUGGAAACAUGUACCUCCUCCCCCUUAUCCCCAUUCCUUUUUUGUACCUAGUGAGAUACAGGAAGAAGCUAGGACUUUUGAAGUAACAGACAAUGCUUAGAACAUGCAACUGGCAGAGCUGGGUACACACUUCCUAUCUUCCUUCAGCUUCCGGCUAGCCCCGAAGGGAGAGUUCUUGAACCCAGUGGUAUCUCAGCUGCCUCUGAACGUCUUCUUUCUCUCCCUGCCACAGCACUCAGGGAGGGGACUCAAGGCGGCUGACCUUAGUCACAGGGUGACCCGACACCUGGAAAUCAAAUCGUAAUUUUUAUAUGUAUGUAAGGAAAGACAUUGGUGCUAAAGAUGAAACCCAAAGAAAAGAUGGCUUCCCCGAGCAAAGACAACUCCAGGGUCAUUCAAGGAAUUUGGAGGAGGAACUCAGAGGAGACUCAAACUGAACGAGCUCAAUGACUCAUUUCUGUUGUGCAGAGGGUCUUCAGUCCUGUAGAAGGGCAAUUGACCUCCUGGGUAUACAGUUGGGCAGGUUUUAUACUGCACAGCAUAUGAGGGGAUCGCGGAGGCUGACAUCCAGCCUGUGCUCUGCUCUCUGGGCUGCAUGUCCUGAUGUGGGGCUAGAUCUGCUCAGAGUUAGGGAUGUCUUUCCUAAUGUACACAAAGGCACUGGGUGCACUCAAAACGGUCCCAAGAAGGACCUCGAAGUAUGUGUAUAAGCCUUUGUGUUUUUCUGCUUAGAUGAUCUGGAGAUAUUACCUCUUCUUGGCCACAGUCAUUUUCUCAGGGUGUAUACCAUUGUUUGUCUGCUAAGAAGCUGGGUUCCUGCUUGCAAGGAGAAGGGACCUGAUUAAUGAAUAUGAUGACUGGUUCUGGGGGCACACUAACCACUGUGAAGCCUAGCCUUCCUGUAUGUCUCCCAGACAGUUUAGAUGUGCGUGGGACAUAUGUGCUCUUCCACUUCCCUGAUUUCAAGGCUUUGGCAGGCAGGCUUCUGGUAUGUGCUUGGCACAUGUGCUGUGGUACAUGUGUGCCCCCCCCCCAUACAGAACCAUGUAUACCAGUCAUCUUUGAAACCUCUUAGCAGACUUUACAUCUGUGCCAGGACAUAGCUCUCAGCUUCAGAGACCUUGCCAGGCACAGGCUGGGUGCCCUGUGGUCUGUCCUGAGAACUGAGCCCAGAGAUUGACCUGAACAUUGAGUCUGGGAUCAGGUGGAAGCUGGUCGGAAUGCACUGUCUCUACUUUGGGCCUAGGCAGGCUCAAACUCACCAACUUGGGUAAGCCAGGGUGAAACUGAAACCCUCUCUUAUUUUCCUUCAACCUGAAUCCAGGCUGGGGUUGAAGCUCAGUGAUGGAGUUCUUGCCUAGCAGUCAAAAGACCCUUGGAUGCAUCCCCAGGACUGUAAAAUAUAAAUAAAAACACAGCCUCCCUCCCUCCCCACUCCUCCACCACAAGCCCUAGGAGGUAGCUGGCAGCCCAGCCCCAGGAGGCAGAGGUUCCCCCUGGCUGGUUGCUUUAAUUGGCCAGCGAUCUAUGCCUGGUGAAUUGGCUUUAUAGUCUUCCAGCCCAACUCCAGGACAGCCAGCCCCUCCCCAUUGCCUCUCUCCAACUCCAGGAGCCUGUCUGUCUCUAGUGAGGAGUGGAGAUUCAGAUUUAGAGGGAGGGAAAGUCUGACCUGUGUGAUGACCUGUAACCAGCUGAAGGCAGCGGGUUUUUGUGGCGUGCUGAGGAUGGGGGUGGGAGAGGGGUGGGAAAACCCGGUAUAGAAAUGCCCUAGAGGGAGAGAAGCCCAAUAUUCAGGGGCCAAACUGCUCUUCUAGUUCACAAUUCCCAGCAGGCAUUUCUAGAAGCCAGUGAACAGAUCUGAAAAGGAGUGUCCCAGUCCAGUUACCAACUCCCCAGUGAGGCGGGGGUGGGGGGGGCAGCUCUGCCUGGCUCUGUCUCUGUGUUUCAAAGUCUGGCUAUGCUAUGCAGUUGUCCCCAGUGGCCUUGUCUUGCUCAAUCAGAGGUGGAAAAAGAUCACCUCCCGGUGACCUCCCUCAGGCCCCAAGGGAUGGGCUGUGUCCAGAGCUAUGUGGCAGAGCUUGUUUCCAGAGCCUAGAGAGGCCCAGCUGGCCUGCCUUGCAGCCCCAGCCACAAACCCAAGCCCGACCCUAGGCAUGGCCGGGAGUGGGUAUUUGGGACAGUCUAGCCAGGGCCCCUGUCUGCCCCAAGCUUUCCAGGAACUAGGCAGCGAAGUCACUGACCAUCCCGGUCAGCAAGAUCAGUGCUGGGAACUUUCCUUUUGGGGGACCUGAUAGGAAGUCGGGUACAUGUGCCUGGAGUGGCCAAAGCCGACAGUCCUCACGGCUUUGCAGGACGUUUGAGGAAUCAGUACUGUGGCCACCGUCCUCCUGGUGGAGCAAACUGUGGCUCUUUGAAGAUGAGGACCUUUGGAGACACGCUAUCUUGGCCUGAUACCCUGGUGGGGCAGGGUGGACCCAAAGGUGUUCAGAGUUUCCUGGGGUUCCUAUGAGCUGCAGGUCUGGGGGACAUUGCCUCAAGGGGACAGCAGAACAAAGCUGGGCUCUAAAGUGUAUGCCCAGCUUUGGCCAAGGUGCUAUGAGGUAUGCAGCCCCAGGCUUGCACUGCCCCUCUUUCUACAGGUGUCUCAUGGUCCACCCCACCUCUGGGUCUACAGGAACUGGCAGGGGUAGACCCAGUGAGAUGUAGCAUUUCAUUCACCCCCAGUUUGGUUGCCCUGGGGUCUGGGCAUUCUGCCUUAAGGAGAGUAAUGGGGACCAUUAUUUUUUAAUCUGUACAUAAUAUUUGGCUUUUUUGUUUGUUCUUGACAUGUAUACAUGUGUAAAUAUCCUCUCCCUCACCAACUGGUACAAUUUUUAAUAAAACCAUUUAAAGUAAA